AUGCUCUCUGCACUCUCUAUCACCGUUGCUGCUGCUGUUUCUGUUGCUGUUUCUGUUGCUGCUGCUGCUGUUUAUCCGGUAUUGUUAUUCCUUGUCCUCGCUGCUGGGUGGCAGGAGAUGGACGAGAAGCAGUACGACGUGUUGGCGCGGGAUAAGGUGUUUGACAUCCCCUCUCUCCCUCCACACUCUCCCUCCACACUUCCCCUCCGCACUUUCCCUCCACCACCCUUCCCCUCCCCCACGCUGUUCAUGUUUUUAUCAGGAGAUGGACGACAAGCAGAGAUGGACGACAAGCAGUACGACGUGUUGGCGAGGGAGAUGGAGAUGGACGACAAGCAGUACGACGUGUUGGCGAGGGAGAUGGUGUUUGAUAUCCGCGCCAAGCCCGGGGAACGCACCAAGACAGCAGAGGAAGCGGCAGAAGCGGAGAGGGCGCGACUGGUGAAGCUCGAGGCUGCAAGAAAGAGGCGUAUGGAUGGGGAACCCAGUGACGACGAGGAGGAGGGGGAGGAAGGGGAGGAGGGGUCUAGUGAGGAGGAGGGCGGGAAGGGGAGGAAGAGGCGGCAGAGGAAGAAGGUCAAACGGGAGAUCUCUGGGGACGACUUGGGGGAGAAUUUCGUGUUAGAGGCAGAUGAGGAGGACGAGGAGGAGAAGAAGGGGUGGGUUUAUGAUGUGUUGGGUCAGAAGGGGGAGGAGAGCGAGGAUGAGAGUGGGAGUGAGGGGGAAGAGGAGGAGGAGGAUGAAGAGGAGGAUGGGGCGGAGAAUCUAGCUGACGUGGAUUGGGAGCAGAGUGAUGAGGAGAUUGGAGGGGAGAGGGUGAAGGGGAAGCGAGGGUCUGCGAGUGAUGUGAAGCAGGAUGAGGAGGAGAGCGAGGAGGAGGAAGGAGAGGAGAAAGAGGAGGGAGAGGAGAGUGAUGAGGAGGAGGAAGCGGAGGAAGAGAAGGAGGGGGAGAAGCAGAAUACGGAAGAGAGAAAUGCAGCAGCAGCAGCAGCAGAAGAGCAGGAGGAUGAGGAGGAGGAAGAUGAGGAGGAGGACGAGGAGGAAGAAGAGGAGGAGAAUGAGCGCAUAGAGAGGGUGUUUCGACGGCGCGAGCUGCCAUACGUGAUAGAAGCACCACAGCAGCUGAAGGACCUGCAGCGGCUGCUAGAGGGGCGCGCAGCAGCAGAGGUUGGCGUGGCAAUCGCACGCAUCCGCGCGUGCAACGCGGCGCACCUGUCCCCAGACAACAAGCGCAAGAUGCAGAUCUUCUAUAACGUUCUCCUGCAGUACUUCGCGUCGCUGGCUAGUGAUAGUGGUGGCGGUGGUGUGUCUCAGCGGGUGGAGGAGGAGGAGGAUCAGCCGGGGAAGAAGCAGAAGCAACAGCACGAGCAGCAGCAGAAACAGCAAGGGAGCAGGCAGCAGGUGAAGCCGCAAGGGGGGAGGAAGGUGGAGGAGGGGAAACAGGAAGGUAAAGAGGUGGAGGAGGAGGAAGAGGCGACGAGUGAGUUGCAGAAGAGGGCGCCGUCAGUGGCAGCGGCGCACAUCAAUGCGCUGGUGCAGCCUCUCGUGGAGCUCUCCGCGUCCUUCCCUCUCUUUGCUGCCGUCUGCGCCCGCGAGCGGCUUGCCCGCAUGCAGAAACGCCUCGUGGCGCGCCUCAAGGCCGGAGAGCCAGCAUGGCCCACGGCGCGCACACUCCUCCUGCUCCGUCUGUGGGCGCUCAUAUUCCCCUCCUCUGACUUCCGACAUCCAGUCAUGACGCCCGUCUCGCUGCUGCUGGGCCAGUUCCUCUCCUGCUGCCCUGUGCGCUCCACCAAGGACGUGGCAGCUGGCCUCUUCAUAUCUGCGCUUCUGCUCAAUAUGGUGUCUCAGAGUCGUCGCUUUGUCCCAGAGGCGCUUAACUUUCUGCAUGCGCUGCUGUGGAGCGCUGUUGCCCCCGCCCUCAAACCCGUCAAGCCCAAGGGAGUGCCGCGCUAUAUGCUGCUGCAGGUGUGCUCGCAGCAGUGGCUGUGGGCGCCGUGUGGCGACGGCAGCAACCACCGCAAGCGCAAGCGCGAGCCGCUAGAAGACAAACCCGAGGCCCUCGACUUUGACCGCAUCUUCCUGGGACCUUCCUGCCCGUCCAGCACUUCCGGCACCACUGAAACUACCACCAGCACCACUGCUAACCCAUUUGUUUCCAAGGCUUCGCCCUCCGCUUCUCCUGCUGCUCCUCCCACCCUGCUGGGUGUGGAGGGCAGUGCAGCAGGGACCGUGGCAGAGGCCUACUUUGGCUCCGACGUCUUAAGGCUGAGUCUGCUGCUGGCAGUGCUCAAGACCCUCCGCGCCUUCGCGCUGCUCUACCGCCCCAUGCCGCCCUUCCCCGAGAUCUUCGCGCCCUUCCUGCCCACGCUCGCCGCCCUCGCGGAGUCCGGGCAGCUGCCCGAAGAAAUCGAGCAGGAGCGGGCAGCGUGGGUGAAGGAUAUCGAGGGGGCGGUGGCGGAGGUGGAAGGUUCCAGGCAACCGCUGCGGCUGAGGGUAAAACGGGCCGUACCUGCGAAGCAGUUCAACCCGAAAUUCGAGUCUGAUUUCGCCCGUGGCAAGGACUACGAUCCGAACAGGGAGCGCGCAGAGCAGCGGCGGCUGCAGCGGGCGAUCAAGAGGGAAGCACGAGGAGCAGCUAGGGAAUUGCGCAAGGAUAACCAAUUCCUCGCUGCCGCCCGCGCUAAUGAGGCUGCGAACGCACUGGAGGAGCGGCGGGAGAAGAACCAGCGGGCCAUGGCGUUCAUGGAGCAGCAGGCGCACCUCAUGUGGUCGGGGCAGCUGGGAAGGAAGAGGGGCGGUAUGAGCAGCGGGAAGGGCAGGCGGUAG